CAACACAUGCAGGCAAUGGCAUUGUCCUCCGUGUUUUGCGUAGCAGGAUGGCUUGCAAUCUAUUUUGCCAUGGGAGCUGUUUCGCUUGAUACAGGCAGGUUCUUCACUGGAUAUGGAAUAGGAAUUUUCUCUUAUGUGGUCCCAAUAUAUAUCGCUGAGAUAUCGCCAAAAGAGCUUCGUGGAGGGCUAACAACCAUCAAUCAGCUCAUGAUUGUAACUGGUUCGUCAAUAUCGUUUUUGGUGGGAACAGUUGUUACAUGGAGAUCUUUAGCUUUAAUCGGAAUCGUUCCCCCUGUUCUUCUGGUGAUUGGCCUAAUGUUUAUCCCAGAAUCCCCAAGAUGGCUCGCAAAAGUCGGACGUGAAGUAGAAUUUCAAUCUUCUUUACGCCAACUCCGUGGUGCAAAAGCAAACAUUUCUGCUGAAGCCGAUGAGAUACAUGAAACUAUAAUUAAUCUUCAAAAACUUCCUCAAGCUGGAGUACUGGAUUUGUUUGAUGCCAGAUACAUAAAACCGGUUAUUAUUGGUGUUGGAUUGAUGGUAUGCCAACAAUGGUGUGGAAUCAAUGGAAUUGGAUUCUAUGCAAGUGAAAUCUUUAAAACUGCUGGAUUUGCCUCAGGGAAAUCUGGAACCAUUGCUUAUGCCUUGAUUCAGAUUCCUAUCACAAUUGUUGGCAUGAUCUUGCUGGACAUAUCAGGAAGAAGAAUUCUCCUUCUGGUUUCUUCAUGUGGGACAUGUCUAGGCGUUUUUCUUACCGGAACUGCAUUUUAUUUCAUGGGCCAAGCCAAGUUCCUUGGAUGGGCUCCACUUUUGGCUGCCUCGGGUGUUUUGGUAUUCAUAGCAGCAUUUUCAAUAGGAAUGGGAGCAGUACCUUGGCUGAUCAUGUCUGAGAUAUUCCCGUUGCACAUAAAAGGCGCAGCAGGGAGUCUUGUUGUGCUAGUGAAUUGGUUGGGUGCGUGGGUGGUUUCUUACAGUUUCAACUUCCUCAUCAACUGGAGUCCUGAGGGUACCUUUUGGUUGUUUUCAGGAUUUGGUAUUAUUACCAUUGUGUUUGUAGUGAAAAUGGUGCCAGAAACCAAAGGAAAAAGCUUGGAAGAAAUUCAAGCAACUAUCAAUUCGUAAUUUUGUUAUUUGGAGUUUAAAAGAAAAGGCAUAAUAGUCGUAGACCGAUAUUCAAGAAUGUAACAUCUAAUAGACGAAUACGGGCUGCUUUAGUCAAUUUUCGGUUUGGUUUUUUUCAUUAUUCAUUUUUAUAUGUUAAUUAGUUAUAUAUAUUUUAUAUGUUUCUUUUGGUA